AAUGGUAGAAUUAUAUAGAAUCAGUGGGUGAAUUUGUCAGUUGUAAAAAACUGUUUUAAAAAUUGUGUUGUUUAGGAUUGUGCCAAAAAUAAUGUUUAAUUAAAUAAUUAUGGCUCAAAAUUUGCAGAAGAAGCCCUCAAAGGGCAUAUUGAAAACAUCUAGGAGUAUUGACAAUCAGGAUGGGACGCCUUCAACUAGUAAACGAGCGAAGGAACAGAGAUUUGAUGAAUUGAAUAUAAUGGAGACAUUUCAUCCACCUAAUAAGGAUUACGGGCAUAUGAAAGUAGAUGAACCAAAAACGCCUUACUCCGAAUCAAUAGAUGGUGACUUAGAGCCAGUCGAUGAGUUGGAUGCGAAUAUUUUGGCAGCUAAGCUAGCAGCAAGUAUGAAUAAGCCCCCAAAAUGUGUAGAGGCAUGUGACAGUGACGAAGAAGAAGAAUCUGAGGAAGCACGGCAAAAACGGCUCGAGUUUGAAAAGAAGAGAAAAAUACAUUAUAAUGAAUUUCAGGCCUUGCAGCUUGCGCGGCAAUUAAUGGCCCAAGAGGAGGAGGAGGAGGAUGAAGACAAAGCUGAAUCAACAGCCACUUGACUGCGUCAGCUGCUUCUAUAAAAUGCUAAGUGUUCCAGCUGGGUUCGAGUGUAUGACUUCCGGCUUAGCAGACAAUAUGAUGGGACAAAUUGUUAAUUAUUGCCCUAGGCAUCCAGUGUUCCUGUACGGCUGUAACAAAAUCAUAAGUGCUUGCUAUUUUAUAGUUGAUUAUGAAUAUUUAUGAAGAUCAAGUCCACUAGUGUUUUAUCCUUUUAAAAAUCAUAUUUGUUUUACCUCAUCAUUUGGUCAGAUAAGUAUGAUUGCUAUUGAUAUCCCAUAUUUUGUUUUGUUUUUAUUAGAAACCAGCAGUGUUCCUCGGUUUUAGCCGCUUCAAAUCUUCCAAAUUGUAGCAAUAAGUUUGAAGAUUGGGGUCAUAGUGUGUCAAAACAAUUAGACUACAUAAAAUAUGUUUUCAUCUAGGUUUGGUAGUUCUUGAGGUUAGUAUGUUCAGCCAUACAAUCUUCAGUUAUAGUAUAGAUUAUACUAGAAUAUAGAUUAUCCUAAACUUUUAUAUAUAUUUGUAAAUAUGACAGUGUUCAUUCAGGUUGGAUCUUGAUCUUCAUAUAAUUUCAUAGCAUAUUUUUUUACUAUUGUGUAUUGUAAUUGAGUUAAAUUAAAACUUUAAAUGGGCACUAAGCAUGGAUAAAGUAACAAAGAAAUCAUAAUAAAUUGGCAAUAACAGUAAAUUUAAAUAUUCAAGUUUUAACCGCGAUCAUAAUUUAUAUUGUUUUUUUUUUAUUGCCAUUUACUUAUUCCAUUGAGAGACGAAAUCAUUAGGCAAAGAAAACAUGAUCCCGGCUAAAACCCGAAUGGAAUUUAUAAUAUAGAAAUAUAGAGAUGUUUGAAGUUUUUUUUUUUUGUAAUGAAUUUUAAAAGCGAAAGCAUCAAAUCGUAAUGCAUUCUUUAAUACGUGCAUAAAUUAUAUACAAGAUGCGUCAGUCAUUGUGUUCAUACUUAGAGACUUGUAACAUAAUAUUGUUAAAGAGACUUAGUAUUGAUAUGCUCUUGCAUAGUGUUGAUUAUAUUCAUAAUUUAUCUGUAGUAUAACCUUGCUAUGAAGUAAUGGAUGUGGGAAGAAUAGAAUCGUCUCUUAGUCACCAUUCUCACGUUUACCUAAUGAAUAUCGAUGUCAUCACGUAGUUGAGGUUAAUUUAUAUCGUUUUAUUUUAACAAUUGAAUGCCAUAAAUAUUUUUAUUACUUACAAAUAUUUGUCUAUAAUAUAACAAAGGAAAUAAAAAAUUAAUUCCUUCAACGUUUUAUAUUUAAAAUAUAAUAUCAGUUCCUUGCUCAGAUUAUUCACAUAGCAUUAAAGUUAGACGAAAAGCUAAUUUUGCGUAAAAAAUUAUCUAAUCUGGGAAUUAAAAAAAAAUAUUGAUAAAAAUUUUCGAUUAAAAUCUAUAUUAAGUAGAAAGAACUAUAGUCUUAACACUAGAUACUUAUGAAUUCUAAUACAAUUUGUACAACAUUCAAUGAAGCGUACGUGUGUAUAUGCAUUUCAUACAGAGCUACGUAGAUUUUUUUUUUACGUUUCAAAAAAAAUCGUAAAUAAUGAAUAAUUGAUAAAAUAUUUCUUUUUUUAUGUUCAUAUUAUUGAAAUUGUUCAAUCACAAAUACACAGGUUUUCACACGAAAUAAUAAAGGUUUUAUGUUGAACACAUUCAACAUAAAACCUAUGUUGAGGUCGGUUAAAAUCUACUAUACUAUAUAUCUUUUGUUCACAUUUAUAACAUCUUUGAACAAAUUGUAUUGGAGUUAUCUAUAUGCAUAAAAGUUUCGAAUUUAUAUUAUAAAAAAUCUAUCUUUGAAAAUAUUUUCUUACGUCAUGAAACGCUAUAAGUGUUUAGAAAUAGUCGCAAAACGAAUCGAUGUUCUUUCUAGUAUAUUAUAGAAAAUAGAUCUGCUAGAAUUCUUAAUGGAUAAUUUUUUGUUUUAAUACUGAUAGGAGUCACAACGUUUUAAUAUAAUAAAAUUAUAAAUAUGGCAUUCAUGUAAGCAAACACCACUAUUAAUAAAAACAUUAUUGAACUAACACCAUGUUACUGAAUACGUUGAAAUAUAUCGUCACUGUCUUUUUGUCUGUAUGUUUUUAAAUGGCAAUAUUUUUACACUUUACAUUCUAGUAAUAUACUGUAUGUUGGUCAGAAAUAGGGAGUCCUAAUUAAGUUAUUUUAAAUAAGUUAUUAGUUUGUUGAGCCCUUAAAAGCUUACAUUCCUUGGCUUAUUGCAACAAGCUUCGGACUUCCAUAAUGUCACAGACUGAAACGAGGACUUCGCUUUCUGGCCAAACUAUAGACAAAUUAGCAAUAUAGAGAAGUAUUGAUAGAUUGACGUACAGACACAAAAAAAAGUUUUGCUCUAGAAUAUUUUACACGAAAUGCAUUUUGGAUUAGUCAGAGCUUAGAAAGGACUGUCAAUUCUUUGUAUAGAUUUACCUUACUAAUGAACAAUGUAUGGCCAAUGUCAAAGUACAGAUAGCAGAAAGACACUACAAUGUUUAUUAGUAAGGCCGAUUAUAAUAGAUUAUGUAUAAAACAGUUAUAACUAAUAUUACAGCACUUUAUUUAUAUUGAGACAAUAUUUUCAGUGUUGUAAUACGAUAUAGAAUAAGAACAUAACAUCGAGUCGUCUUAUUUAUUUGCGAGUGUGUUAAUUUUAUUUUUCUAUCGGUACCUUCUUAAAUUUAUUACUGUUCGCGGACAAGAAUAAACAAUAAUUAUGUUUCAUUGUAUCCAUAUAUAAUGAAACUAAUAAUAAUUUGUUUGUAUUUAAAACUUUUUAGCACGAUAAUUAUAUAAAAUGCCUUUUUAACAUUUUUUUUUCAUAUAAAUGUGUGAGUGUAAAAUUGUUUAUUUUGUCAUUUCAACGUAGAAUGUAGAUUGCUAAUAUUGGAUUAUUUUUGAUACAUAAUUGUUAUUGAUCACUUAAGAGAGAGUAUAAGAGACCUAAAUUGUUAAAUUAACAUAGAAUUAUAUUAUAAAAUAUAUUGUUAAAGUGCCAGAUAUGAUUAAUUAUUAUUGUCAUAAUAAAAAAUAUCAUAUUUAUUUCUACGCGUCGUCUUAUUAAAGAAAUCUUAAAUAAACUAUUUGACGCUCUAUCUUUCUCGCUUAUUAAUUAUUGUGUAUAUGUGAUUUGUCAAUAUGUGGGCCACCAUCUACGAGGCCUAUUACAUCAGGCGUUAUUUAGCAAACGAUAUUGAAAUUUACUAACAUGGGAUGCUAAAAUCUGAUUAACUAGUACAACAUGCUUCAGUCUUAUUGGACAACUCUUAGAGCUUGCACUGCAGACAGUCUUAAAACCGCCUGGAUUACCUUCUGUUAGGCCAUUAACAAGGGUUAUAGUGCUUUUAUUUUUACAAUAACAUCAUUAACAUAUAAAUAACCAAACUAAAUUCACAAUUUAUCUUAAGUAUAGUUAUUAGUCUCUAAUGCGUUAAAAA